AUGGCCCCAUCGCCUCCACUUCACACCAACCCCGGCACUCGCUAUAAAUCCACCUCGCUGUUGCUUCUUGGAGGCCACCAUGCCUGCCGGCCGGCCGGCGUCGCCAUGAGGCCGAUGCAGCGUCGUCCGCUCGUCGCGGCGGCGUUGUGGCUCGCCGUUCUUGGCUUGGCCAGCCACGGGCGGUCGGCGGCGGGGGCGCCGACGCUGUCGACGGCGUCGAGGUGGAUCGUCGACGAGGGCGGGAACCGGGUGAAGCUGGCGUGCGUGAACUGGCCGUCGCACCUGGAGACGAUGCUGGCGGAGGGGCUCGGGAAGCAGCCGGUGGACGCCAUCGCCAAGGACGUGGCCGCCAUGGGGUUCAACUGCGUCCGGCUCACCUGGGCGACGUUCAUGGUGACCAACGCCUCCUACUCGUCGCUCACCGUCGCGCAGUCCUUCCAGCGGCUCAACCUCACCGAGUCGCUCGCCGCCAUCCGGGUCAACAACCCCGCCGUCGUCGACCUCAAGCUCAUCGACGCGUUCAAGGCGGUGGUGAGCAGCCUGGGCGAGAACGGCGUCAUGGUGAUCUUGGACAACCACGUGAGCAAGCCAGGGUGGUGCUGCGGCAACAACGACGGCAAUGGCUUCUUCGGCGACGCCUACUUCGACCCGGACGUCUGGGUCGACGGCCUCACCAAGAUGGCCACCAUGUUCGCCGGCGUCCCCAACGUCGUCGCCAUGAGCCUCCGCAACGAGCUCCGCGGCUCCAGGCAGAAUUCCGCCGACUGGUACAAGUACAUGCAGCGCGGCGCGGAGGCGGUGCACGCGGCGAACCCGCGGGUGGUCGUCAUCCUCUCCGGGCUGAGCUUCGACAACGACCUGGCGUUCCUCAACUCGCGGCAGGUGAACGUCAGCUUCGCCGGGAAGGUGGCGUUCGAGGUGCACUGGUACGGCUUCUCCAACGGGCAGGAGUGGCGGACGGGGAACGCCAACCAGGUGUGCGCCAGGAUCGCGGCGAGCGUGGCGCGGCGCGCGCUGUACCUGCUCGACCAGGGCUGGCCGGUGUUCCUCAGCGAGUUCGGCGUCGACAACCGCGGUGGCAACGUCAACGACAACCGGUUCUACGGCUGCGUCGCCGCCGUCGCCGCCGACCUCGACCUGGACUGGGCGCUCUGGACGCUGCAGGGGAGCUACUACCUCCGCGAGGGCGUGCUCGGCCUCGACGAGGUCUACGGCGUGCUCGACUGGGCGUGGUGCAAGCCCCGCAACGAGACCGCCCUGGCCAGGAUCCACGCCCUGCAGCGCCCCUUCAGAGGGCCUGGUCUGGCGGAGGCGGCGCCGUACACGGUGCUGUUCCACCCGACGACGGGGCGGUGCGUGGUGCGGCGGUCGUCGCUGCUGCAGACGACGCUGGAGCUGGGGCCGUGCGGCCAGACGGAGGCGUGGGCGCACACGGCGAGCCAGCAGAGGCUGGCGCUGCGCGACAACCCGCUGCUGUGCCUCCGCGCCGAGGGCGCCGGCCGGCCGGCGCGCCUCGGCCUGUCCUGCGGCGACGAGCUGGCGCGGUGGAGCCUCGUCUCGGACUCCAAGCUGCACGUCGCCGUCAACGCCUCGUCGUCGUCCUCCUCCUCCGGUGGCGGCGGCAUGCUCUGCCUGGACGUCGGCGACGACGGCCGGAGCGUGGUGACCAACCCGUGCCGGUGCCUGAGCGCGGACAACAGCUGCGACCCGGAGAGCCAGUGGUUCAAGCUCGUUACCAGCACGAGGAGCGUGGCGGCGGCCGACACCAUGCUCGCGCGGCUGCCGCUCAAGCUCAGGUCAUGGAAGAUUAGGUCACUCUGAUUCCGAUUAGCCAAGCCAUCUUGCAUUCGUGAGCACGAGAUCGCCAUACACGGUGGAGUAAUCCACGCAUCCAAUUGUAAAAUGAUCUUGCAAUCGAGACGACACUGCCCUAGAACAAGAGCGCUAGUUCUUGAUGUAACUGAAAGGUCUAAGCUAAAAGGAAUUCAAUUCAUGGCUCAUCCAUGCAAUUCCUUCCUGCCUCUUAUACAAGUUAUUAAAAUUUUACUGCA